AUGGCGUUUACGUCAGUGACAUAUCAAUGUUUUCUAUUGGAUUUUUUUGUUUAAAAAUAUAUUAAAUGUGAAAUUAUAACGAUUAUUUCUUUAAUAUGUCUACUAAUAAUUUAUCAUCAGUUUUAAAGUCUUGUUCAGAAAGUGAGUUGAUCAAUGAAGUGUCCGAUAACGGUAUGACACAGAAGCAGGUGGAAGGAUCCCGAUUAAAACGUACAUUUACCCUGCCUCGCAAUCCUUUCGGAACUACGAAACCUGGAUCCAGCAAAAAUAAGAGCAGUGAAAAUGAAAGCAAACCAGCAAGUGCCAGUUCCACACUCUCAGAGGCUCCUAAAGACGAGAAUGGUGUAGAAAGGAAGUUGUUUAGAAGGCCAUCAUGGAAAAGAUUUCUAAACAAGAUAGCGCAACACAUGAGCACUGUUCACGUAUCAGGCGUAAAGUCCGCACCUGUCCUCAUGAAUGGUGAGCGUGUUCCAUGCAGUGGGGAUCCACCAUGGCCCCCAGGCUCUACUCCAGCGGCCACUGGCAUAAAGAACCAUGGCAACACAUGCUACAUGAAUGCUGUCCUACAAUGUCUCUCACAUACUGAUGUUAUUGCUGAAUAUUUUGUUUUGGAACAUUAUAAAGUGGAUCUACAAAAAAGGAAUAAAAUAAAUUCUAAGAAGUAUGGUACUCGGGGUGAGGUAACUGAACAACUGGCAGCGAUUUUGAAAGCUCUCUGGGCAUGUCACUAUACACCUGAUAUGAGUACUGCUUUUAAGAGUGCAGUGGAAAGGCAUGGCACACAAUAUAGGGGAAACAGUCAACAUGAUGCACAAGAAUUUUUAUUUUGGCUAUUAGAUAAAGUUCAUGAAGAUUUAAAUACAGCUACUAAGAAAAAAUAUAAAACAAUUAAGAAUACAUGUGGUAAGCCUGAUGAAGUGGUUGCAGCUGAAACAUUAGCAAAUCAUGCAAGGAGGAAUAGCUCAUUUGUACAGGCUGUUUUCCAAGCUCAGUACAGGUCAGCACUGACAUGUGCAAAAUGUGAGCGCACAUCAUGUACAUUUGACCCAUUCCAUUGUGUAAGUGUGCAGCUACCUUCUCGACUGGCCACCACUCAACCCUCCCCACUACCUGUCAAUGUAGUGUAUGUGAAUCAGCAGCCACGGCAAGUGCGAAUAGGUGUGGAAUUAACACCAAACAUGACCAUGGAUGAACUGCGGACAACACUACACAAUGACACAGGGAUUGAUAGGGACCACAUCAUUAUGGCAGAAAUUAAUGAAAUGGGUUGGUGCAACGCCCGAGCGGGUUGGGAGGCGGCGGGUAUAGAUUUCGGCGCUCUAUACUGCAUGGAAGCGCCGCCAUUACUGCAGACGCCGACCACUCCCUACCUCCUCAUCUUAUGGGUCAAUUUGCUGGAAGGAGAAAGAUUCGGUUCGCCUUACGCCAUGCAAGUGCCUCGCGAGAUCUCGUACGAGGACUUGCAGAAGCUGAUGCUGAAGGAGAUGUGCCAGGUGGUCGCCGAGCGAGUGCUGGAGAACUCGCAGGGGCCGGAGAUCUUCCGCGCCAGGAUCGCUGAGGCACAUCGCCCUAGGGAUCCCGCGUAUUUGCAGCCAGAGCUUCCGCACCCGUUAUUUUCUCUGGACGUAGAGCAGGCGUUGUGCGCUCACGACAAGCAUCCUCAUCUACGACUCGAACUGCUGUGGGACGCCGCGCAUAGGGACAGUAUAAUCCGCGAGGCUAGCGAGUCGUGCGAGGUGCACGUGUCGGCGGCGGGGUCGGCGGCGCCGCUCACGCUGCACGCGUGCCUCGCGCACUACACGCGCGCGGAGCAUCUCGCGCAGGAAGACGCAUGGAGAUGUCCCCAGUGUCAGCGGUAUAUGCCUGUGGUGAAAACUCUGGGUCUGUGGUCACUUCCAGAUAUUUUAGUAAUACAUUUAAAGCGGUUCAGACAGCAAGCCAAAGGUCGUACGAGCACAAAGUUAACAGCAAUGGUAGAGUUCCCUUUGAACGAUUUCGAUAUGACUCCGCAUCUCGUUAGAAGGAACAUGCAAGUUGCGGAGUCGCCCGGACACUCGCGAUCUCCUAGACGACGGCAUUCUAAGACGCCCGCGACCAACCCGCACGAGAACAUGUACGACCUGUAUGCCAUCUGCUACCACCACGGAGAUGAUCUCGAGACUGGACAUUACACAGCAGCUUGUAAAAACCCUUACGACGGCCAUUGGUACAAAUUCGAUGAUUCCAAAGUCACACCAGUCGAUGAUGAAAAUGCUUAUAGUGAACUAGUUGAUAACACGGCUUAUAUGCUUUUUUAUAAGCGCAAAAAACCAACUGUCACACAUUCUUGUUCUUCUGACGACCACAACGGUCAUUGGGCGUUACGUAUGCCUAAAUAUGUGAAACGAACGACCGAAACAGUAAACGAAUUAACGGAGGUGAAGGAAGAGAGCGUUAUCGAAGAAGUUAAGAUAGAGCCGCCUGCUAAUGAGCAUGAUUCGGAGUCUGAUAUCACAGCUCCCACGCACAGCCCCUCACUGUCCCGAAGUGUUGCCAGUCUUCCCGACGAUAGCAUUAGUGAAGUGACUUCUCCUGUGAAGCAUACCGUGUGUGUGACUGUUAUACACAAUCCUGUAGUGCAGUCGCCGGCGCUACAGCGGCCGCUCAUAGUUGAAGUGAACGGGAACAGCAGGAAUAGCGCAGCUGACGACACUAGCGAAAACGAAAACGAAACGAGCGUGUCACUCGAGCCGUACAUACACAAGGAUGUUCACGUCAAUCCUAAGAUGACUCCAGUGGACACGCGGCGGCCGCGGUCCGUGGACUACCCCACGCGGUCCAGCGGCGCCACGCCCACCACCAGGGACACCAACAGGAACUAUGAGAGCUCUCCACUUGUAGCUAGCAUUAACGAAGUCGAAUAUCAUCCCACCACCGAGGAUCUAAUGUUGUCCAUGUUCCAGGAAUCAAAGUUCAUUGUUCCUAGGCAUACCAACCAUGUUACAGGGGAAUCUCAUAGGACAGGAGACAAGUCUGCCGUUUGGAAAACUCGAAUAUCUACAUGAGAGCAACAGACGAGGUCUGAAGAAUACCAUACUUUACACAACUGUUCAUUAUUUAUGUUAUAUUCGAACUUAGAUCUGAAGAUUUUGUGUAGCUGACGGUUCGUUUGUACAAGAAUGCGCAACUUUUUAAUAAGGCAUAUUGCAGAGGCUCUUUUCGUAGUUUCUGUAGUUAAUUUAUUUUCAUGCAUUCGCUAUCCAUAUUUAUUUCAAUUUCAUCAUUAUUAUAAUCCACAGAAUUACGUCCACUGUGGGACGUAGGCCAUAAUGUUUAUAUUAGAAUUUUCUAUAUUCACCAUUAAGCCACGAAAGACGAUGGUUAUUGUUAAGGUUCUAUCCCGAAGAGAGCAAAUGUGGAAGUAACGCCGGUAGAAUAUCAAAAUAUUUUAUUUAUAAAAUAUGUGUAAUUUUAUAUCGUAUCAUAGAACAUAUAUUUUACCAUUUACGAUAUUAAAAUAAAUUGGAGGCGAAAGUUAUUGUUUAGCUAGAAGUAUCUUGCAAAAAAUUUAAUUAAUGGAUUUCACUGCCUUUGACUAAUGUUGCAUUACAUUGCAGUGUAAUGUCUAGUAAUAGCUAAGAUGCACUACUUGCUUGUUCUUCGUAAGAUCGGUAGUAAAGCUAGUUACGUAGUGUAGCGGCACUUCUAUAUACAGCACUCUACGUCGGGAUAUUAUCUUUUACCGAAUCGUUGAUAUUGUCUCUAAGCAUAAUGAGGCCUUACCUUUUCGUUAAAUUCCUGUAUACGUCAUAUAUCGACAAUAUUACAUUUUUAGCUUACCGAUUUGUUGAACAAAUAGGACCAAUCAUGCCCUAGUAAUUUGAAGUAAACUUAUUUUAUCUGUCAAAUGUAAAAUAAUAAUCUCAUGUUUAACAUACAAUCUGUAGAUAAAAUCAUAACCUGAAUUAUAUUAACGUAGCUAGAGGGCGUUAUAAGUAAUCACAUUUGUGCCUUGGCCCUAGAGAUGUUGUGAUUUUAAGAUUGAAAAUAAAUAAAAUUCAUUUAGCAACUAAAGUUUACUAUUUGUACAGCUAUUACAAUAUACAUACAUAUGUGUAAGCGAAAUAUUACAUGUAUAGGUUAUUCAUGGAUAACUGAUAUUGUAUGUGAUGAGUUUUUUGCUGGAUAUUUGUCUACGAUGAUAAAUAAUAAUACCACUUGCAAGAAGUACGCAAGGACAAUGUGAUUUAUUAAAUAUUUUAUAUUCACAAAUUGUUGUACAUAUACGUGGGAAUUAUGUAUGUUCAUUUAUGUGAUUUGCUAUUAUUUACCUAAACUGAUAUUUGAAUUCGGAUUUAAAGAUAUUUUGUAAAUAAUAUUCCUUUUUACCCGACUUCCAGGAAGGGUUAUUUGUAAAUGCACAUGAUUUAGAAUUUCUUUACGAAUUUUAUCGUGAUGAUUUUUGAUUAAUUUAUUGUAUAGAAAUUGAUUUUAAUUAAAAGACAUAUUGUUGUUAAUAUCACAACCAAGAAGACAGAUACCGCAGUGCGAAGGGGCUCCGUGGGUCGGGUCGUCUGAAGGGCAGCUACGUACCUCCUAGUGCGCCAUCUGUGUUAGCCUGUACUUUAACGUGGCCUAAACAAUGUACCUGUGAUCCAUUACUUUGUCAGGAUACAAAACUUAUAAAGAGAUUAUUCAGAGACAUUUCUAGCAUUGAUUUUAUAUUACAAACGGUAAAUUAUCAAAAAUUUAAGGGCUUGGUGGACCUCAUUCUCCAUUAAGUCUCAACCUCAUUUAAGUUAUCAAUUUUUAAGAUAAAUGAAUACCUAUGGAGGCCACAUUUUUACCAUCUAUCUUCUAUUUGUUAACUGAUGCUAAAUCGUCAAAAUAAUGUCACCCAAUGGAUUCAAUGCUGAAAUGUUUCUGGAUAUUUGCCGAAGUGCUUAAUUUAAAAGAAUAUGCUAAUUUUGUUGUAUUGGAAAGUUGAUUAUGUUUUAAUGAUAUAUAGGUAUAAAUGUCUGGCUCUCAAAAAUGAUCGCAGAUUAAUUUAUUUAUAAGUCUUCGGAGGUAGCCCGUGAGAAAAUUAUUGAAAUAGAUUUAUGUAACAGUUCUAUAAAAUCUGUGUUUUUAGAUACAAUUGAUAAGUAAUAAUGAGCAAAUGGUUUCAUAAGGGGAUUUCUCUCGACUUUCAAAAACUAACUGUACACGUUUUUAAAGAUAUACAUAAGAUUUUCGUACAAUGGGUCGACCUCCGAAUAUUUGUAUUAUGUUCGUUGUUUUAAUUUAAAGAUGUUUAUUUUAAUUUCACCAUGUUAUGUUACAAUAUAAGCGUUAUGUCCACAAA